UUUAUUUUUUUUUACCCUGCCUGUUCAGUUGCUGCUUCUGAGACAGGGAACAAGCCCAGUAUUUAGGAGCUUCCGUUUGUAUACCUCUGUAUAUGUACGUCUCUGGACGUGAAACGUCUGCCACCCAGUGGAUGUCGCUGAUCUCUAUACACUAUUCUAUACAUUUACUGCCUCUCCGCCCUGCCCUGCCCAGCCCUACCCCGUCGGUGCUAAGUUUGCUCAGGAACUGUAAAAAAAGCCAGGCUCAUCUGGCUGCCGCGGGCCUGCGCACGAUGAUGGUGUCGGUUGUGACGGGAUACACCACGUCCUUCCUGGCUGGCUUGGGUGAUGAACCAGAGGUGGACCUCCAAGGUGUAGCAGCUCUCUGGCUGGGCAGCAGUGAGAACAGGUAACAUGAACGAGGCAAACAAUUAUAUGCGGAGGGAGAUGCAGCUUCAUGCCUGAGACAGCUGGAGAUUUGGAUUUUGCCACCCCUGCCUUUGCCAAAGGAUUUCAAUAUAAAGGUUUUCACCCAUAUGCUGUUGGAUUUUCUCGGAGCCUGGCCUAAGUCCCUGGGAUCUGCUUCACAGUUAUGCUGAACUUAUCCAUCUGGAACAGAAAGCUUCAACAUCUGGUGGCAGCUGGAGACAGAAUAUCUGAUCCUCAUUUACAGAGUCCCCUCGUAUUCCCAGGAUUUGCUGGUAGGACUGCUUGUCUGGCUGAAGAUGAGCAUAGAGAUGGAAGCUGCUGUUUUUGCGACUCAAAAUGUGGCUGAGAGAUCAAAAUGUUGGCCUUCCAGCAGCCAGUUCACCUUCCCUGCAGUGCCAACCUCCCCAAUACCCCUCCUUUUUGUGUCCUAUGGUUUUUAUUUUUUCUCUCUUCUCCAUGAUUUAUGUAUUCACCAAUUGGUUAAUGUAGCAUGUAUUUGGAUAGUGACAAAGGCUAUUGAGGUGGAAAGAAUAACUCAGGAAAGGAUUUGCCUUGGUUUGUUUCACUUUGAGAAGAGAAGAACCCAGGAACACUGAUGAUCUAAGAAAUACAAACACUGAUACUCAAUUCGUUUUGUGAUCCUGCCUUUCUGCUCAGCUGGACCUCGGUGACAUUCUCCAUUCUUUUGCAUUUGAGAACAUUUUUCUUUGUAUGUGGAGCUGAGACCUGGGAAUGCGUUAUUAUGGCAGCAGUUGUACAGCAGAAUGAGCUUGUGUUUGAAUUUGCCAGCAACGUCAUGGAGGAUGAGCAGCAGCUUGGUGAUCCAUCCAUUUUCCCUGCUGUCAUCGUGGAGCAUGUUCCUAGUGCAGAACUCCUGCAUAACUACUCUGGCUUAACCUGUGUGGAUGAACCUAGUGACAUGAUCACUGAAAACUCUCUGGACGUCGCAGAAGAGCAAAUCAUAGAAGAUGAUGAUAUCACCCUCACAGUUGAAGCAUCUUGUCAUAAUGGAGAUGAAACAAUGGAAACAAUCGAGGCUGCUGAAGCACUUCUCAAUAUGGACUCCCCUGGUCCUAUGUUGGAUGAAAAAAGAAUAACAACUAUGUUUGGCACAGCUGAAGAGGAUGAUAUGGUGGCUCCUAUUACACAUGUGUCAGUCACACUUGAUGGAAUCCCUGAGGUGGUGGAAGCCCCAGACCCUUACGCUGAAUCACCAGAGACUCCAGAAUUUGAACAACCAAAGAAGAGAAAAGGGAAAAAACCGAAACCAUCUCGUUCUGAGUCUCCUACUACAACUCCAAACAUAUCUGUGAAAAAGAAAAACAAAGAUGGAAAGGGAAAUACAAUUUAUCUCUGGGAGUUCUUACUAGCACUGCUCCAGGACAAAGCUACGUGUCCUAAAUAUAUCAAAUGGACUCAAAGAGAGAAGGGCAUUUUCAAACUGGUAGAUUCCAAGGCUGUGUCCAGGUUGUGGGGAAAACACAAAAACAAACCUGACAUGAAUUAUGAAACAAUGGGUAGAGCUCUCAGAUACUAUUACCAAAGAGGAAUCUUGGCUAAAGUAGAAGGUCAGCGUCUAGUGUAUCAAUUUAAAGAAAUGCCAAAAGAUCUCAUCUAUAUUGAUGAUGAGGAUGCGAGCCCUAGCACUGAAUCAUCAGAUUCAACUCUGCUCUCGACUGCGGUGGCCAACAGAAACCAAUCAAGCAGAACUAGAGCAUCUGCAAACGCAGGAACAAAGGGAGGAUCAACCGCGAUGCUAAAAACAGGAAACGCGAAGCCUGCUAAGCUGAAGGAGCAUGUAGAAGUUGGACAGCAGCAGACACCUGGCUUGACUUCAGAAGUUUUGAGGACAAUGCAAUCUCCGCAGCCAGUACAAUCCACUCAGCUUUUUCGGACAGUUCACGUAAUGCAGCCGUUGCAGCCCCUCACAGAAGGACAUGCAGCUGUAACCAGUAAUGUUCCGGAUGAAUCGUUGAAUUCCUCGGUUCAGAAUAUAAGGACUUUACAGACUCCAGCACAGGUUCCAGUGGUUGUUUCUCCUGGAAAUCAGCAGCUGCAUACUGUAACACUCCAGACAGUGCCUCUUACUACAGUUAUAGCCAGCACAGAUCCAGCCUCAGUAACAGCAGCCCAAAAAUUCAUUUUACAAGCCAUUCCGACUUCACAAGCCAUGACGGUUCUUAAAGAAAACGUCAUGGUACAGUCUCAGAAGCCAGUCUCGCCUCCUUCCUCAAUUGUGCUGAGCCCAGCACAAGUUCAGCAGGUGCUCACCAGCAGUGUGCAGACAAUUUGCAAUGGAACAGUCAACAUGGCUUCGUCUCCAUCCUUCAGUGCCACUACCCCCGUGGUGACAUUUUCGCCUAGCAGCUCCCAGGUGAUGUCUCAUCCGUCGGGCACAGUGAUCACCUCGGUUAUUAAAGCACCAGAAACCAAACAGGUUGGCGUACAAGAAGCAGUGAAGGAAGGGGGUGACAAAUCAGACGAUACCGAGCAGUCGGAGCAGAGUUUCCAGCAGCAGCCAUUUGUGAUGGUAGUGUCCAGUUCGAAUGGUAUCCCAUCUAACAUGCAAGUGAAGCAAGAAAAUGAGCCAUUGGAACCCAAUUUGUAUUAAUAAUUAAAUAAUUAAAAAAAGACCCUGUGGAUGAUUAUUUUCAUAAAUGUGAUGGGACCUUUCAGAUAUGUAUAUAUAUGAUUUGAUUUUGAAGCAAGAUGUUGCAAAGCUACUUAAUUUCUGCAGUUAAUUGUUAGAAUUCAUGCUUUAGGAUGGAUUUUGAUUUUCUGUUAAUUGCUAAGUGUUAUCAUAUCAAUAAAAUUAUAUAUUACUCACUUUUCAAAAUACAGGCAUGAAGGAACAUGCUUUUUAUGCUAUGAAGACUUCCUCCUGAGGUUGUUGGCCAAAGUUUCAAACUUCUUAUUUUACAUUUUCAGUCUCUUGCUGAUUUACAUUGUUAUUGUAACCUUUUCUGUUUAAUCUGUAUGUGUAUCACUUAACUUUUGAAGCAGCAGUUACUUUUAGUGAGACAGUUUCAUUCCAUGCCUUUGAAUUUUUAUGAUUGAGUAUUUGUUUCAUACCAGUGAAUUACAUCAGUUUUAGAAUUUGAUAACCAGGUAUCCUCUUGCAUUUUUGCAGCACAAGCUCUUGUGUGUGCAAAAUAGAAUAUACACUCCUAUUGAGAGUACACAAAACAUAUAUUCCAGUAAUGGACAUUGCUAUGUCUAUAUUUUAUAUGAAAACAUUGGAUAUAUUUAAUUACAGAAGCUAAUGGCAUCACUACAGGUGCAAAUAUUUCAUACCAUUUUCUGACUAUGAAGCUUAACAAUCUUGCUUUCUACUUCAGAUUAUUUUGUAAGGGGGGAGGGAAAUGAAAUAUAUACAAUUUAUGCAGGUUUUUGGAAAUUAAUACUGCAAAGAAUUCUUUUUUUUUUGAUUGUAAAUACUGUACAUUCAAUGUCGCAGGGAAGUUUUUUCAGCUAAUUUGUUUCCAUACAAAUUUUUGAUAGAUGCAAAUAAGAUCAUUAUGUUUAGAGGUCUAAUGUUAUAUGUAUUCAUAUUACAGAGUGAAUUUGUAUUUAAGGACAAAUUUUUAAAUGAUGGAGCCCACUGAACCUUGGGUCCUUGUCUUUUGUAUUUUUAAUUGGUUUAUUAUGAAAAUAAAUCAAAUGAAAAAAA